AUAACGGUACUGCCGAAACCGGGCAAGGACCACGGCGAGGCGGCGGGGUGGCGCCCGAUAGCCUUGCUGAACUUCUUGUCAAAAGUGUAUGCGUCGCUACUGUAUCUGAAGAUUGCGGGCCCGAUCGGCGACAUCAUGUCGGAGAAUCAGGCUGGUUUCAGAAGUUACAGGCGGGCGAUCGACAACACUUUGGCCCUGCGCAUUGCAGUACAAAACCACAAAAAAGCCGGCAAGGAGUUGCGUGGUCUGUUCGUCGACCUCGAGCAGGCCUCUGACACAAUUCCGCGCAAGCUGAUAGCCGAAGCAAUGCAGCACUACAAAAUGCCCCAGCACACGCAGGACAGGUUUUGGGCCUUGUACAACGGCCACAGCUUCGCAGUAAAAAGGGACGGGGCAACAAGCAGCAAAACAGAAACAAAAACCGGCACCAAGCAGGGCUGCCUCCUGUCCCCGAUUAUUUUCAACUUGUGCUUCCAGUAUGUACUAGAAAGAGUA